GUCCCAAACCCUCUUGUAUUACAUGGUUUGCACAAAACCCUACAGAAAAAAAUCAAGAUGUAGUUCACAUUGAAGGGACAGCUUGUCUAGCAGUUAAGAAAUAUUGAUUCUAGAUUUCUUACAGCCACAGUCUAGUUGUUACUUUAUCUAGCAGCUGUUGCAAGAUAAUCUAUAACUUUCAUGUCUUGUUUGUAGACACUCUAAUUUCAUUUUCAAAUUCUUAUCUAAGUUUAUAAAAGUUUUAAUUAGUCAAGAAAAAAAAAGUUAAAAAUUGUUAAUAAAAUUGUGGUAUAUUUCAAAUAUAUGGUGUACAUUGAGAAAGUGUUUGAAGUGUUGUUGGACUGAGCUGACCAUUAGGAACUUUUCAUUUCGUUAAAACUUUUAAAAAGAUUUUAAAGAACUAUUUUCAAAAACAAUCAUGUCAGCUAAGCAUAAAAAACGUUUGAAUGCAGUAACUUCUGCACGAGUAUCACUUUUGGAUAAGUCAUCCACCAUAUCGGAAGGUAAAAUUAGUAAAAUGAAAAGUCUUCAGCCUACGGCGACCACAAACAACCCUGAGAUGAACAAUGGAUCCUUUUUCUCUAUCCUAAAUGUUGUUUUGGGACUAGCUGCCAUGGUAUCAAUCAGCUAUGUGAAUGUGACCUACACAUAUCAAAUUCAUGAAAAUACUUUGUGGUUCACUAAUAUAAAGGAAGUAGAGAGAGAAAUUUCAUUCCGCACUGAGUCAGGCUUGUAUUAUUCUUACUACAAACAGCUUGUAGAUUCUCCUUCACUCUGGCAAGGUAUCAGGGACUUAACAGAGGACAAGUUAACUGAACAUCCUGAUACUGUAAAUAUCCUUGCUAGAAUGAAUAUUUACCAAGAGGUUAUUUUAGCUUUCAUCUACAGAAAUAUCAAUUUUCAAAUGGAACCCAUCAUGUUUUACAUCAACUUUGUAUUUUAUCUUCAAGGUCUUUUGAUUGUUGGGAUCUAUUUGUUAACAUGGUUCUUAAGUAACUCCUGGUUGGCUGGACUCCUUGCUUCCAUCUUUUACAUAUUUAACAAAAAUGAUACCAAUCGUGUGAGUAGUGCCAUACCUCUACGAGAGUGUUUUUCUCUCCCCUUUCUAUGGGUGCAGGCUGCUGCUCUGACUAUUUAUUUUAAACCUGCUGUGUCUCGUUGGCUUGAGCGACUGAGUCUAACAGCUGUAGCUUUCAGCACUUUCUUCUUUUGCCUGUUUUGGCAGUUUAAUCAGUUCAUUAUGAUGCUUCAAGCCUUUGCUCUGUUCGGAGUCUGGGUCCUUGGACUCAUUCCUGCCUCAAAAAUAAAAAAGGUGAUGCUAUGCCAAUUGUGUUCACUUUUAUUGGUGUGUCUGCUGCAGUUUGGCAACAAAAUGAUUCUUGGAUCACUAGCUGUUUCAUUCAUCAUCGUCUCCCUUACUUUACUCUCAGUAUUUAAAUCUCCUAGUGAGUCUGGGUCAGUAUUCUUCAACCUUCUGAGAGUUGUUGGCUUAUCCUUUAUUUCACUGUCACUUAUGUUUCUGCUCAGCUCUGUGCUAAAGGUUUUAUUCCAAAUUGAUGCUGAUGAGCACAUCUUUACCUUUUUAUCAGAUAAAUUUACACAGAGAGACACAAAGAAUUUUGAUUCCCGCAUCUACCUCUGCUUGCAAAUAUUUGGUUUCAUCACUUAUGAUGUCUUUGAACGAUUAACUGAGAAUUUUGUUCUUCCAGUCUAUGUUCCAACACAUUUGAUCUUGUUGUUGAUAUUGGUCUAUACUGUACUACACAGAUGGAGAUCUCAAGUCAAGGAUAAUAAGCAAACUGAUAACAAAGAAAAUGUGUCGGAAUAUUAUUUUGAAAAGCAUCCAGACAUUGCUUUUCACAUAGUGUUGGCUGUUUUCUUCGGGGCACUAGCUAUCAUCACUCUGAGAAUGAAAUACUUCUGGACUCCUUAUGUUUGUGUUUUUGCGGCACUGGGAGUAGGGAAUGAAGAUUUAUGGAGUUUUGUUCUUAGACUGACUAAAGCAUCUAACAAACACAUGGGUGUGUCACAAGUUACACUAGUUAGGUCAGCUCUGUUAGUUUUAACUAUUGCAGUAGUAACUGGGAAGUUACUUCCUGGUGUGAUGAAAGAACUUGAAGGUAAAUAUGAGUUCUGGGACCCUGAUACUGUGGAGCUGAUGGAAUGGAUUGUAAAAAAUACAAAACCCACUGACUCCUUCACAGGAAGUAUGCAGCUGUUAGCUGGAGUCAAACUGUGUACUCUGCGCCCAAUAACUAAUCACCCUCAUUAUGAAGACAAAUACCUACGACAAAAAACAAAACAGUUGUAUCAGAUUUAUGGUAAGCAGCCUCCAGAACAUGUUCACAACAUUCUGAAGAAGUAUAAUAGUAAUUAUAUUAUUCUUGAAGACAGCAUUUGUCGAGCACCAUCCAGAGAAGGCUGUCGUACACCUGAUAUUGUUGACAUUGACAAUGGAGUGAUGCCUGAUGAUUAUUUUAAGAUACCAGACUUGAUUGUAUCUAAGAUACCUCGUUUCUGUGAGAUGGUCAGACACCAAACUCAGGAGUAUGCUAAGUUUUUUAAGGCAGUCUUUCAGAACAAGACCUUUAGGAUUUACAAAGUUUUAUGAUCUUAGUUUGUUUUUUUCUUGAGUUAGUUUUUUUUUUUUUUUUUUUAUUUAUUAUAAUUUCUAUUGCCAUUGGGCCAGUAGAGACAUGAACUCCACAACUUCUUAUUGUGUUCACUGCUGAAUGUAAAUACUUGUAGUUUUAAGACACAAUUGUUUCAUGAGUUGUUUUUAACUGUUUCCACAUUGUGUUUGUAUUUUAACCGAAUGUUUUGCUUUAUGAGCAGAUCAAAUUGAUCUGUUGUUUGACACACUUAAAAAUGUUCAUUGACUAAAUAUGUAAAGGAAAUACAAAUCAGGGUAAAAUGCAUUGGAUUCUCUGCUUGUUUGUUUCACUACUCAGAUAUAUGAUUAUCUCAUGUUCACUUGUUGAUCAAUGUUAUAUAACAUUUGGUAUUAAAGAAACAAAAAAAACUAAAGGAUGUUGUCAGAGGAUAUUACUGUACAUUUUAAUUACAUAAAUAAAAUAUUUUUUUAAGACUAUAAAAAGUGUCCUAAUUGUAUUUGCAAAGUUACUGGAUUUUAAAAAAAUGUUAUGUAUAUUAAAACCAAUGACCUAACACAAGAUAGGUCUGUUCAUUCAGUUCUUCCAGUACACUUGUUUGUUUUACAUGUUUGGAAAUUAGGCCUACUUCCUUGCCCAAACCUAACACAGGGUAUAAAUCUGGGACUAUGCAGGAAGAUGAUGGUAGCAGUCAGGGUAUAAAUCUGGGACUAUGCAGGAAGAUGAUGGUAGCAGUCAGGGUCUAAAUCUGGGACUAUGCAGGGAGAUGAUGGUAGCAGUCAGGGUAUAAAUCUGGGACUAUGCAGGGAGAUGAUGGUAGCAGUCAGGGUAUAAAUCUGGGACUAUGCAGCCAUCCAAAAACAAAUUAAGCACUUCUAUAAAUAUAAAAUUUUGUAUGUUUUAAAAUUUUAUGCAUUGUAGUUUUUCAUAUUUUUUAAGAAAUAAAAUUCUAUUUUCAAAAAGAAAUUCCUUAAAACAAUAAUAUGAAAUCAUUAACCAUACUAUAAUGUUAAGUAAGAUCAGCAUUCUUCAUUUCUAUCAGCUGAUUUUUUGGCAACCAUUUUACAUGCCAUUAUAUUUAUUGACUGGAGUUUGUAAAUUUUGUUUCCAUCACUAUUUGUCCGCAAUACUCAUGAAAUCCAGGUUAACAUUUAGAAAGAGCCAAUGCCAAUUUACUUGAUAUUAUAACUGUAUAAACAGUCACUCUAGUCACAGAUGUCUUUUUCUACAUCUUUGUGUUCACAUAUCUUUGAGUAGCCAUAAUAAAUGUAAAUCUAAUAAACAUUAGUUGUUUUUUUUUACUUGAUUUGUCCGCAGAUUUGUAAUGUUUGAAUCAAGUUUCUCUUCCAAACUAUCUUGAUCAAAUACACAUUUGUUCAGACAAUAAACUAUCUUGAUUAAAUAUGCAUUUGUUCAAUCUCA